CACACAUAUAUAUAUAUAUGUUUAUAUAAUUAUUUAUAUAUCUUUACAUAUAUACUUACUUGCUUACAUUUAUAUACUUACACAUUUAUAUCUACUAUAUUAAAUUACAUUGCAUUACGUUAUACUAUAUUUGACACUCAUAUUAAUAUUCAUAAUUCAUAAUUAAAGAAAACUAUUAAGAAACCAAAGAACCAAAUUUGACAAAUGGGACAGACUCUUUCAGAACCAGUUAUCACAAAACACACAACCAAAGAAAGUAGUGACAAGCUAUUCUAUGGAGCAUCUGCCAUGCAAGGAUGGAGAUUGACCAUGGAAGAUGCGCAUACUACUUUGUUGAAAUUGGCAGACACUGAUUCUAGUUUCUUUGGAGUCUACGAUGGUCACGGUGGAAGUAAGGUCGCUGAAUACACAGGAAAUCAGAUGCACAACAAGGUUCGGAACAGUCCUUUCUUUGACAAAAAGGACUACAAAGAGGCCCUACGUGAUGCAUUCAUGUCUUUGGACAAAGAAAUUAACAAUGACAAUGCAUUUGCCUUUGAUCCCUCUGGUUGUACUGCCGUAACUGCUCUAGUUACUCCUGACAAGCGAAUUUUUGUGGCAAAUGCGGGAGAUUCAAGAUCUGUUAUUAGCGUUGAUGGUAAGAGCAAGCCAUUGUCUUACGACCACAAGCCUACAAAUCAAUUGGAAUCCCAGCGUAUUAUCAAUGCAGGUGGAUUUGUGGAGUAUGGGCGCGUUAAUGGUAACCUGGCUUUGUCGCGAGCUAUUGGAGACUUUGAAUUCAAAAAGAACAACCAACUGCCUGCAGAAGAACAAGUUGUUACAUGCAAUCCUGAUAUUAUUGAGCACCAAAUGAGUGACGCGGAUGAGUUUUUUGUUCUGGCUUGUGAUGGUAUUUGGGACUGUAUGAGCAAUCAGCAGGUAGUCGAUUUUGUUCGAUCCAAAAUUGUCGAAGAAACGCCAAUCGACAAGAUCUGUGAAUCGAUGAUGGACCAUUGCCUUUCACCCAAUAGUGAGAUGACAAGUGUGGGAUGUGACAACAUGUCGGUUGUGAUUGUUGGUAUUCUGAAUGGAAAGACAGAGAAAGAAUGGUAUGAUUGGAUUGCCUCCCGUGCAGGAGCAGAGGCCAGAAAGAAUUUUCUCCAGAACGAUCAAAAGAACGUGACAGAAAAGACAGAAAAGACGGAAAAGGCGGAAAAGACGGCGGAAAAGGCAGUCAAGGCAGAUGAGAAAGAUCCUGCACAAAGCAGCCAAGCUCCCUCUACUAAAAAGGCUACAGCCAGAGAUAUUGAAUCAGACAUUAAAGGGAAUGAUAAAUAAGUAUAUAUAUAUAUAUAUAUAUAUAUAUAUGAUCGAAUUAAUGAACGACUGAACGACUGAACGAAUCAAUGAAUGAAUGAAUGAAUAUAAAAAUAAAUACACAUAUAAUACAUGAUUAUAUUAAGUAGCAUAAUUUUACUAUUACUAUAAAAAUAAAUCAAGAAAGUAUUCCUGGUUUUUCUUGUUAAUGAUGUACAACGAGGAACACUUACGGCUUUAAUGCCUUCAAUUAGUUUCC